GAGAUCAAUGCGAUCGAUGCUUUCCCAGGCUAACACGAGGCCCCGUGGGCCUGGGAAGCUGGACCACGUACGACUGACUCAUAAUCCUCCACGAAUUGAAUGAAUACAGCCGAAGCAGCUGAAGAAAGCUUUGCCACAGAGAUAUUUUCAUGGAAUCCAACCAAACGCAACCGUUAAUUUUCAGGGUUACACUGCAUAAUUCCAUACUGGCAUUUUCAUGGUUCCCGGGCUUCCCGUGUCAAGUCGGAGCUCGGAAUGUCUUCUCCAAUGGCGAUUGGCCUCUCUCCGCGUUGUUCCUCCUCUACCUAUCUCAGUACUCAUCCAUCCGUCAGCAAGCCUGUGCAGAGGACUUCCUAUAGACUCUACUGCUCGAUUCCUUCAAAAACAGCGCCAAAUCCGUCUCCCCUGAAGCGAGCUACAGCUUCCCUCUCGUCGCCACCAGAGCCGAAACCUGCAGCUUCCACUGAGCAGAAUGAGAGACCCGACCCCAGCAAGUCGUCCGGAUCCUCUGUGCUCGACCUCGUUCCCCUUUUGAGAGAGGGAUUUAUGCUUAACGAGCUCGGUUUGGAGAUAUUGUCCAUUGCAUUGCCUGCAGCGCUAGCUUUGGCAGCUGACCCUGUCGCGUCCUUGGUGGACACCGCCUUUGUUGGUCAUAUUGGGUCUGUUGAGUUGGCAGCUGUCGGGGUGUCAGCUUCCAUAUUCAAUCUCGUAUCCAAACUGUUCAAUGUUCCCUUGCUUAACAUCACAACAUCAUUUGUUGCUGAAGAGCAGGCCUUGUUGGUCAAGGACAGUGAUGAUUCUAGUCAGCCUAGCAAUGGUCUUGUCAUUGAGCACCAAACAAAGAAGUUCCUCCCCUCAGUAUCAACUUCUUUGGGGCUCGCCGCCUGCCUCGGGAUUGCAGAAACUGUUGCACUCUCAGCUGGGUCAGGAUUCUUGAUGAAUUUGAUGGGUAUAAAUGUUGAUUCACCAAUGCGAAUACCAGCUGAACAGUUUUUGACUUUGAGAGCCUUUGGUGCUCCAGCAAUUGUAAUUGCGCUUGCUGCACAAGGCACAUUUCGUGGAUUUAAGGACACAAAGACACCUUUUUAUGCUAUAGGUGUUGGCAACUUAUUAAAUGCUGUACUUGAUCCAAUUUUGAUCUUUCUGUUCAGUCUUGGCAUUGGCGGGGCUGCAAUUGCUACUGUGAUUUCUGAGUAUUUAAUAGCAUUAAUCCUUCUGUGGAAAAUGAAUGAUGAAGUGUUGUUAAUCUCUCCAAAUGUUGAUGGUGGAAUAGUGGUCCGAUAUCUAAAAUCUGGUGGUCUUCUUAUUGGGAGAACCUUGGCAGUUAUCGGCACUAUGACUUUAGCAACAUCCUUGGCUGCACGAGAGGGCCCUAUACCUAUGGCUGGUUAUCAAAUUUGCACUCAAGUUUGGUUAGCUGUAUCCCUGCUUACUGAUGCUUUAGCAAUUGCUGGUCAGGCUCUUCUUGCCCGUGGCUAUUCCCAAGGAAACUACAAGCAAGCACGCGAAGUGGUAUACAUGGUCCUACAGAUAGGCGUAGCAACUGGAGUUUCUUUGGCUGCUAUUCUUUUUCUUGGAUUUGGAGCCUUUUCGCGGUUAUUCACUGGAGAGUCAGAAGUUCUGGAAAUUGCCUGGUCUGGUAUUCUGUUUGUUGCUGGAUCUCAACCAGUAAAUGCCGUGGCAUUUGUCAUUGAUGGGCUUUACUACGGGGUUUCUGAUUUUGGUUAUGCUGCGUACUCCAUGGUGCUUGUGGGACUAGUUUCCUCUGCAUUCCUAGUCGUGGCAGCUCCUAGGUUCGGACUUGCUGGAGUUUGGACCGGGUUGUUUCUCUUGAUGAUGCUCCGUGUAGCAGCCGGCAUCUGGAGAUUAGGGACGCAGGGCGGACCAUGGAAAAUGAUUUGGUCCAACUCAGAAGAUGAUAAUAUGGGAGGUCAAGUACGGUGAGGGCAAUCUUCCCAUGCCAUAUACAAAAAGACCAAUGAACACAAUUUUUAAAAGGGAUAGACCAGCGAGCCUUUCCAGAAUCUUGUCAGGAUGAUCUAAAAUGAGAGAGAUCAUAAUAUUCUAUGAUGUUUGCUGGAUUUACCAGUGAGGGUGAGCCAGUGAGGGGCCUCCGAUUAUCAUUCUGACAAUAGCCAUGGAGUUCAAUGGUGAUUGUCCAGAAUGAAGAGCAGAGGUAUCCUGUCUUUCAGCACAUAAUGUCCAUGGGAAACAUCUGCGGUCAUGGCUCAUUCCCAUGACUUCGUAUGUGCUAGAUUCCCCAGUCGCAUUAGAGAUGUAUAUAACCAUUGCCAAGGUAAAAUCUGUUCGGUAUGGGAGGAAAUUGUAUUCAAAUGUGUAGUUCUUUAGAACUGCACAUUGGACAAAACAACAGUGCUUCAAUAGAGAUGAAUUAUGUA